AUGGCUGACGAAGUCUACGACGGUGCCAUUGGCAUCGAUCUGGGCGCCCACCGCCUCACGCUCGGCCUCGAAUUGUUUUCGCAGUUGACCUGCCAAUUCCUGGCCAACAGAACAACCACGAGCGUCCAGUUCCAACAAGAGCCUUCGCUGACCAUUGCCCUUUCAGGUACCACCUACUCUUGCGUUGCUACGUACGAGGGUACCAAUGUCGAGAUCAUCGCCAACGAGCAGGGUCGUUCACCACGCCCUCGUUCGUCUCCUUCACCGACAAGGAGCGCCUGA